UUAUCCUGCUGUCUAAGCGCUUCAUCCAUUCACUGGCAUGGCUGCCGUCCCUCCGCACAGCAUCCAGGCCAGCUCCCUGGGCACAUUUUAUUUCCUUAUCUGUCUUGGAGUUUCAUUUUGAUUUACUAGGAAUUACUGAACUGUUUCAGAGAAAGGAGCAGCUAGUUGAAACUGGAACUAGGUGGUAGAGAAUCUACUGGGAAGAAUUUAUUUAAAUAUAAGAAGUUAAAACCAAAUCUAUAUGGAAGGAACAUGAAGUUCCCUUGGAUAUCACUGAAGAAGAAGAUGGGAGGGGCCAUUUAAGAGAGAUUAUAAGUUGGAGGCUGCAAGGCUGGGGCCAGAAGGCUGGCAGUGGAAAACGCUGUUGGGCUGUGAUCUCUCACUGAAAAGUUCCAAGUGCCUUUUUGCUUCCUGUCAAAGAAAGGAAGAGAAGGAGGAAACCAUGUCUAUAGCCCUGAAGCAGGUGUUCAACAAGGACAAGACCUUUCGGCCCAAGAGAAAAUUUGAACCUGGCACACAGAGAUUUGAGCUGCACAAGCGGGCUCAGGCAUCCCUCAACUCAGGCGUGGACCUGAAGGCAGCCGUGCAGCUGCCUAGUGGGGAAGACCAGAAUGACUGGGUGGCGGUGCACGUGGUGGACUUCUUCAAUCGUAUCAACCUCAUCUAUGGCACCAUCUGUGAAUUCUGUACCGAGCAGACCUGCCCUGUGAUGUCAGGAGGCCCCAAAUACGAGUAUCGGUGGCAGGAUGACCUUAAGUAUAAGAAACCGACUGCAUUGCCAGCUCCCCAGUACAUGAACCUUCUUAUGGAUUGGAUCGAGGUCCAGAUCAAUAAUGAGGAUAUAUUUCCAACAUGUGUGGGUGUUCCCUUCCCAAAGAACUUUCUUCAGAUCUGCAAGAAGAUCCUGUGCCGCCUUUUCCGAGUCUUCGUCCAUGUCUACAUCCACCACUUUGACCGGGUCAUUGUGAUGGGCGCAGAGGCUCACGUCAACACCUGCUACAAACACUUCUAUUACUUCGUCACAGAGAUGAACCUCAUAGACCGAAAGGAGCUAGAGCCCUUGAAAGAGAUGACGAGCAGGAUGUGUCACUAAUGCUCCAUCUCGUCCUUCGGAAGAAAGGAAAGCCGUUUCCUCCUGGAGCCCCAGGUGGACAGAAAGCGGACCUCCCUGGAUGAAAUGGUGCACCUACUUCCCGGAGCAGAAGAGGUGGAGUCGAUCAGUGACCCCUGAGAGACACGUUCCCCACUCACUUCAUGUGCUCUUAACCCUCUGAGUGCUGCUAGACCAGACCUGUGGACCAGAAGACCACAACAUGGAAGAAGGACCAGCCCUUGACCCUUCCGGCUCAGGAAUCGUCCAGGAGGGGCCUCUGCACUUCCGUGCAUGUCAUGGUUCUGCCUGUGACCUGCCGCCUAAGCUUUACUGGAAUUCAGGUUUUAAGACUGAGAUGUUUAUUAGGACCUUUCCACUUACCUGUCUUGUCAGCCGGUUGACUUUUCGGUCAUUUGCUUUCUUAAGUACCAAGUAAAUUUGGGAACUUUGGAUACACAGCAAGUUUUUCUAUAACAAGCCUUCCUUUUGGGUCUCCGAAAGCUCCCACUCUGAUCCUGUGGCUUCACAUUCUGCAGGGCUGUGGAGCUGUGAGAUCUGAAGCCCAUCUGGCAGCAUCCAUGCCAUUUCCCUAAGAAGCAGUUCUAUCAGGGACCACUCCAGGGCCUGGCUUGUCUCUGUUCCAAACAGGGUCUUCACAAUCUAACUCCAGGGAAGAGACUGGCCACUCGCAGAAAGCUAACAAGUUACCAGUUUGCCCUGAUCAGAAUGUACUUUUUUUUUUUUUAGUAAGCAUCAUUCCUUGACUCUCCUAUUGAUAUUCUUUCCUGUUUCCCAGAAAAGAGAAAUGAAAGAAAGUUACAAAUGACCAAGAAUGGUCAGUAAGAUCCCUGAGCCACAAUAGUGCAGUGUUUGUUCUGUAAAGAGCAGGGAGUCCUGGCUGGACAAUUGGUUAUUUGGUGUAUGUCAAUGAUACACCCUUCUCUGUUGAUUUGUCACCUUACUCACUGGCUCUCUGAGCUUGAAACUCAACCAGUCUUUCUCCUCUGCCAUGUUAUGUUAUGGCACAAAAUUAACUUCUGGAAAGUCCCAUUGAUUGUGCCCAGUUACCAAGGUGGCAGUAGAGCUGGAGCUAACUGCAUUAUUCCAUUUUUCCCCCAAUUUUUCUCUUUCAGUAGACAGAAUAACACCGUCUGCACUGUGCCCUGCCUUUUGAAACCUAACAUAGUUGUAAUUGAUGAAAUGUUGACUUCUCUGAUUCAUUCACAAAAACUGUGGUCCUGUCAGCCCAGCCUGUGACGAGGGGGUAAUAAUACUUCCAGUGAUAUUUGAGUGUAAUGAAUUAUCUGUUGGUGGAGGGAAGUAGAUAAGAAUGUAUUAGCACACUUAAUAUAAUAACAAUUAAAAGAGAAAUGAGCGACUCUGGUUUCCUUUUAUUAUACAUAAUGUGUUAACAUCAUUUGUGGCUGUCACAAAAGCCUAGAGGGCAUGAAAUUUCUGUCCAAACCAAGAAAGGGCUGACUGUGUGCACAGUGGCCUUCGACACUGACCCAACCACAGAUCCUUGCUUCCUAUCUUAUAAACAUUGUCUCAUGGAACCCAAAUGCUGCUACCUCUCUCCAUGUUGUUCACGCUGGUCAACAAUAAACUUUCUUUUUUCUCUUAAGUAACUUUGAGAGGCCAAGAUAGGCAAAAAUUCUUCUCAUUCUAACUUUUAACUGGGGUGGAGGGAAACUGUCUUAAGGAUACAGAGGAAACAAGAGCCCCUAAUUCCUGAAAUGUGUAAUGGAAGGCUAGAAUCUGAAGACAUUUGUCAUUAAUAAAGUUGUUGUCUACUAACUGUAUGAAAUAAAUUUAAACAUCCAAACAUUUUUUGUACUUCUUGAAACAUUCUCCUCAUGGCUAUGUUGCUAAUUGCACUAAUCAACUCUUCUAGAGUAAAAACUGCUCUUGUAUUUUUUUAAUUACAGGAUGUUCCUAUUCCCACAGAACUUUGUUUGGCAAAUUCUAAGGAAAGUCUUCAUAGAAAAAAAAAUUUAACUCUUUGGCCUGAUUUUGUCUUCCACAAAUCUCUUACUGCAAAUGGAGAAUCUGAGCUUCUGGAAGGCUCAGAUUUCUCCAUUCCUCGGGGUCAGAGACAGGCAACCCUGCUUCUUUCUCCCAACCUGGUCCCCUCUCCUCCUUGUUUUCCCACUUGGGUGGGAGUAGGGGGAGUGAAAAUUUCAAAGUUAAAAGAUAAUAAUGAGUAUCCAUCCUUAUGCCCUUAAAUGCAUCAAUUAACAUUUUGCUCCAUUUUCUUUCUUACCAUAAAUACAUGUUCUGAGUGCUCAAUCAUUUGAAAAUAAGAUGUAGACAUCAUAAAACUUUAAGAUUCUUCAUCAAGCUCCUCUUAAUAUGACCCUUGCCCUGAUCAUCUUCAGUGUCAUUAUCACCUCCAAGAAACUGAACAUCAACACAAUCCCUGUUUGAAAUUCUUCAAUUGACUCAAAAUAUUCUUUAUGGUUUAUUUUUUUAAAUCUAGGAUUCAAUCAAGAAUAACACUUUGCCUUUUAUUGCUUUUCUCUCUAGAUAAUGGACCAGAGUUUCCCUUUUGUGCAUACGUGUGGUGAGGUGUGUUUGUGGGGCACUGUGUUGUGUUAUGUGUAUAUGGUGCAGUGUGUCCAUCAGUUCAUGACUCUGACAUCAUCAUCAUUAUGAACAUUAUUAUCAUUUUUCCUACUGGGUGUUGAACCCAGGGACACUUUACCACUGAACAACAUCCUCAGUUCAUAUUUAAAAUCUUUUUAUGUUGAGACGGGGUCUUGUUAAAUUGCUGAGGCUGACCUUGAAAUUGUGAUUCUCCCAUGCCAGCCUUGCAACUUGCUGAGAUUGCAGGCAUGCACCACUGUACCCAGCUGACUGACAUUAUUAAAGAAUUCGAGCCACUUUACUCGUGGAAGUCCCACAAUCUGGAGGAUUUUGUUUGGUUGGUUUCCUGAUUAUGCUCUUUUUUUUUUUUUUUUGCAAGAAUACUAUGUAAGUCAGGUUGUUUCUUCCUAUUAUAUCACAUCAGGAAGCACAUGUCUAACAUCUCUUCAUAAUAUUAAGAAGGAUCAGCGGCUGCAGGUACUAUCUAUCUGGUCCAACCGUUAUCAACGUCUAUGAUUCAUUAUUAAGCUCUGAAAUUCACUAAGCCUAGUUUUUAUAGAGGGUGAAGCUAUACAUGUAAGCAUCCAUUUCUUAAUAACCAGAGUCCAUGAUCCCCAAAGAGAGUACCCACUGCAGUUAGAUGAUAUACCAGUGGCAAAAGAUUCACAUCUUUCCAUUUAACAGAAGGAAGAGAAACAGGACAGUGGCCUGUCAUGUGGGCAAUAUGUGGGCAUCCUGGCUGAUGAGAAUUUGUAUGGUCAUAUAGCCAGAGUUGAAAUACGUGUAACAUUGUAUCCUCCUGUCCUUAGUGACCUCCCACUCAGACCCAUGGUUUAUUCAGAGAACCUUCUUGUUGAGAGGGAUUUCCAAAUGUUUCUCGGAGGGAGAAUCUUAGAUCUUAUAAUAUGUUGUAGCCCUCCAAAGUACCACAGCACAUAAUCAGAUACGAAGUAUUUAUGUGGUAUUAAAAUCUUAUGAAGGAUGGAAUAAGGGGUGGGAGGACAUGAGUAGGAGUAAAAUGCCAAAAAAGUUCCUCAGUAGAAAAAUAAUGGGGGGAAAAAAAAGUAGAUUAAGAAACACUCAUCUAGAGUCAUUCCUGCUCCUUGGGUUGUCAAUUUUUUCUUCCCUGAGUAUUUUCUGAUUUCUUAGGACCCAGAGUCUUAGAUUCAGGAUGAAUGGGAGGAGCUUUGAGAGAUUUCUUAAUCCAUUCCUUCUACCUCCCAGGCCAUGUCAGUGACAUUCCCAUUGAAAAUCUGUUCUCCUCUCACAGAUCUCCAGGCAUAGAAACUCUGCAGCAUCCUCUGGUAGAACCUACUGAAACUCCACAAUAUCUGAAAUCCUUCCACUUUGAUUCCAGCAAAGUACUGUUUGAAUUUCAGCACAUCUUUUCUGUGUCCCAUCUUUAAAAAAUCCAGGGACAGUUCAGCAUUAGUAAUUACAUAAUAAAGAGAACUUCCUUUGCACAUCUGUGAAGUUUUUCAAGAUUGUUUCCAAUGGUCCUUCAAUCUUGUUUCCUUUAGAGUUCUCCCAACGACAGCACCUUCUUGGCUGACCUGUUGGUACCCAUUUCUAUUGUUCAACUAAGAAAGCUUCCCAAAGCUCUUCCCAAGUUUGCAUUAUGAAUGCCACCAACUAUAAUAAACCUGAUAAGAAAUUAGUUCAUGCCUUCUAGAAACUCUGUUGUGUCUUUGUUAAGUCCUGACUUUCUUUUUAUACACUUAUAGAAUUUUAAAAGAAAUUAAGUAUCCAUACAAAACUCUUCCCUAUGUUAUAACCAACCAUUUUGGCUAUCCUCCCUGAAUUUUCUUUCUUCCUAUUUUUAACAUUAGAUUACACUGCUUGGGUUGGGUUGUUGUUUUCAAUCGCCUCUUUAACAGGGAAAACAUGAAGGAACUAGAGUUCCACUCAUCUCUUUGUGGUGGUUUAUGCCAAUCUAUCAGUGAUAGAAGCACAUCACUUCCUAUGGUCUCUAACCUGGUGUCUCUUCCAUACUCGAUGAGUAUCAUGCUGUAAGGGAAAAAAAAAAGUUGUAGGAAAAGUAUGGCCAUGUCUUCAAGAAAUGGUAGAAAGGCACAAUUAAUAAGGGGAGAGGGAGAUGUCAUCUGGAUAAUAGCGUUGUUCCUCUUGCUGUGAUCACUUUGGUUUGAAGAAACUGGUGAUUCUUAGAAUUAGCCAAACAAAGUGUGUUUUGAAAUAAUGAUUGCUUUCCUGCUUUAAAAAAAUAUAUCAGCAAAACACUUUUAUAAUAGACUCUUUCCUUCUGGGCAGGUAUUAACUCUGGGUAAGAAUUUUCAGUGACAUUAUGUAAGGAUUUGUAUAAUAUAGAGGGAAGAGUCCAGUUCUAAUCAAACAAUUAAUCUGUCAUACCAGCUUCUUGUGUACUGAUUCCAGAGUUUUCUUGUAUCUUUUUUACCUACUUCUGGAAAAAAAAAAUGUUGACUAUAUUUUUAGUUCCAUUUGUUAUUAAGUUAAGGGUUUGGCUAUAAGAAAGAUAGACUAACACAAUUAAAUCAAUUAGAAAAGCAAGAUAAAACUAAAGGAUAUUUAUAAAAUCAGUUCUAUGUGGGCUUAGAAAUUCAAAUGUCAUAAAUAAAAGACAUGUAACCAUCA